AUGCUUAGAUUAACGAAUAAUUUUGUCUUUGCAUAUUUAAUACAAACUUCGCUUGCAUACACUCAGCCUGAAUGUCAUACGAUUUCUGUCAUUCUUGGUACAUUAUUUAUUAGCUUCUUAGCUUUUACAUUAUUGUUAUCUAUGUUAUAUUGUGCUUAUUUUAAGUCAGUCUAUGAUUCGUACGAAGAAAUGGAACAGAAUAAAGCUCAGAAGGAUGGCCUCCAUUCAGAGAAUGAACAUAAAUACUUUGAGAACUAUUAUUUUCAGUAUUGCCCAUCCGUUCGACAACGGAAUAUUUCUCUUUACGACGUUCAGACAUUACACCAACCUUCCAGUAACGAAACUUAUUCGCCAGAAGCAACUAGAAACUUGGAGCCGAUAAUUAAUACUCUCAUGGAAAAACAGGUCGAUGAGAAAAGGCACCGUAAAUAUGUUCGAUGGAAACAGAAUGAUCGAUUCAAAAAUGGAAUUUCUGCGGCAUUGUCGCGACGAUACGAUGGAGCAAGACGAGCGCGAUCCUUAAGCCCAUCUAUGACAACGGUAGAUUCAUUGGGCACAGAUGUGCAAUCAACUGAAUAUGAAUAUGAUUGA